AUGGAUCUGUUGUUAGCAGAAAAUUCUUCUCUGAAAAUUUGGUAUUUUCUGAAAAAUAGGAAGAGAAGUUGUAGUGUUCAUGGAAUAAAUAAAAGUAGGCAUGUACAUGGUGAAUUUCAUCACCUGUAUGAAGAACUAAGGCAGCAUCCCGAGAAGUUUAAGUCUUAUUUCCGAAUGAGUAUUGUAACCUUUGAUUAUAUUGUGAAGAAAAUUCAGCAUAAGUUAGUAAAAAGUUGGACCAACUUUAAUUGUAACCCUAUUAGCCCAACAGAACGAGUUGCACUGACCUUAAGGUUUUUUGGCAACGGGAUCAUCUUUUAAAACUCUUAGUUUUACUUUUCGAAUGGGUGCUACGACGUGUCAUCAAUUGUGCGAGAAACAGUAAAAGCUAUGUGGGACAUAUUACAACCUCUGCAUAUGAAACUUCCUACCGAAAAUGACUUCAAGAACACUGCAAAAGAAUUCUACGAAAAAUGGAAUUUUCCCAAUUGUCUGGGGGCAAUUGACGGAAAACAUAUUCGUGUGAAAUG